AUGUCCUUCACGUUCAAAGAAAAAGGCAACAACCUCUUCAAAGAUGGCGACUACGCCGGCGCAGAAGAGAUGUACUCUCAAGCCAUCCAAAUGAACCCCAAAGAACCCAGCUUCUUCACCAACCGCGCCGUCACACGCCUCCGCCUCGAAAAAUGGGCCGGUGCCGAACAAGACGCUCGCAUCGCAAUCGAUCUCCACGGCGGCUCAAAGGCCGCUGCCAGCCUCAAGAGCUCCCUCUACCUCGCGCAAGCUCUUUUAGAGUUGCAACGGCCGCAGGAGGCAUACGACGUUGCGAUCGAUGCCUAUAGAGCCAGUCUGAGUGCCAUGAACGCGCAGACGGAGAAUCUAUCCAAGAUUGUCUUGAGAGCAAAACAACAGAUUUGGGCUGCAAAGGAGACUGCCAGGCUGCGAGAGAUGGAUGGGACGCUGGCGAGUGUGGAGUCUUUAAUCGAAGCUGAUCUCGAGCGCGAAUUGAGGGAACUCAAGACGCAAUUGGACAGUGGCGAAAUAGGGGAAAUCGGAUUCAAUGAAGACCAAAAGGCGCUGCGCGAAGAGGCAGAGAAGAAAAUACGGCAUGUCCGGGAUGCGUUCAAGGCUGCGUCUGGUGGCCAGCUAGAAGAGCGGGUUGUGCCUGAUUAUCUGAUUGAUAAUAUCACUUUUGAGGUUAUGCAUGAUCCUGUCCUUACGAUCUCCGGACAUAGUUAUGAUCGUUUGGGGAUUACUAAGUAUCUCGAGCAGGCUCAUGUUGAUCCUGUUACGCGCGCCCCCAUGACGGUUAAGGAUUUGAGGCCUAAUUAUUCCCUCAAAGCAGCUUGUGAGGAGUUUUUGGAUAAGAAUGGUUGGGCUGUUGAUUAUUAG